AUGUCUUCAUCUCGUGGCCCAGAGGAAGAGCCCUCCAUGACUGAUCUGAUUGACUCUGGCCGCCGUUUCUACGAGGUCAAGAAGUACAAGAGGGCCCUCGAGCAGUUCACCAGAGCCAUGAAAAGCUGUUCUUGUGCUAGAGGCUUGAGACGUGAGAGGUGCUCAUGCAAGAAUUUCGAAAAGGUCGCGGCCGAAGGUGGCUCCAUCUUCAAGGAAGCCAUGUACAAUUGCAAAUGCGACAUAGGCAAGACAUUCAACAAGUGCGACAACUAUCAACACGCCCAGGCGCUGGAUUUUCGAGCCGCAACGUUUGAGGCGUUGGAAAAGCUCGACCGUGCUAAAAAGGACGCCGAAUGGAUCCUCGAGCUAGCCCCCAGGCUUCCCGAUGGGUACCUGCGGCUGGGCAAAAUAGCUCGACUGCAAAAGAACAACGAGUUCGCUUGGAAGGUCUACACUGCCGGUAUUCACAUCAACAGUGAUAAUGCCGGCAGCUCGUCACUGAAGUUACAGCAGCUAUACAAUGCGAGGAAGCCACUGCACAAGCAUUUCUCCAGGAAGGAUCCUCUGCGUCUUCCCACUGAAAUUGUGAUGCUCAUCUUCUCUUUCCUGGAUUUCGUCAACUUACCACCAUGUUUGGGUGUAAGCAAACACUGGAGACGCAUCCUGACAAGCCCCUUGCACGAGCGCCUCUGGAGGAACAUGGUGUUCCCUGGCAGAAGCAUGAAACGGGCCCCGCGACACGAUGUCUUGAAGAAAAUGUUGUCUUGGGCUGGCAACGGUGGCGCCAGGAAAAUCGUGAUCCCUCUACCAAAAACCUUUGUGCUUACUCAACAGAAGUUGAUGCUUCUCUUGCAAGCCUCGGCGAGCCUGGAGCACCUGGAAAUCGGUCCCCAGUCGGAAGGCUUGUUAUUUCCUUCAAACCAGAAGACGUGGCAAAGACUACGGCAUGUGUCCAUCGAUGGAACAGGCGACCCCUCAAAACCAGCUUGGAGUACUGCGAAAAUUGCUAUAGGCGGGUUCCCUCUUUCCUUUCUCAACAAUGCCGCAGAAUCUCUGCAACACCUUGGCGUCGUGGGCAUUCCAGAUCAGUGGUACAGGACGCAAUCCAUACCCAUGCUUCCAAACUUGAAAACACUGCGCAUGAGCAAUACCUUGACCUCGCGAGAUUCAUUCCCAAUAUUUUUCCUCUCUGACACGUUCCCAAGACUCGAGCAACUAUGGAUAGGUCCCAACAUACCAAAUCUCGAUUCGAAUUUAUUAGUUGGCUGGCGAGAAAAGUGGGAGACAGUAUGGAAUCACCUCAAGGUUCUCAUCUUUGAGGUGUCAUCUGUCGUUGGCCCAAUCUCUCAGGUGGAGAAUUCACUCAUGACACUCCGUUGCCUGACGUGUCUUAACCACGGCAACACUCUCCGGCACAUCCGCUUUGACAUCCCAUCUGACAACAGCGACCGCCACGGCAGGAACCGCGUUUUCAGCGACAGCCGGUACCUGUACAGUGACGUUGAGCCCCCUCAACAGCCACAAUUCCGAAAUCUCCGGUCCCUCGGAACCAAAGGCUUCUGCAUCUCCCCCGAGGUGUCUAGAGCAGUCUUCUCCGAGGCCUUGAUCACAGGCAAGCUCACUUCUCUGGAUAUCGUUUUUCCGACGGAAUCCCUGAACGAUCGCAUUGGAGACAAGAGCAUACACCACCUCAAGGGGUACGACUGGAUCCGCGGCGCACCUUGCGUCCGAUCACUAGGUUGCUACAAAUUCCGCUUCCGGUCCUACCCCCGGAACGACGAAGACCUCCCCCUACCCCAGUUCCUGGCAAGCUUCCCGAACCUAGAAACGCUGAGUAUCUUUUCCGAGCACUAUGAGGAAGCGGAAUUCGCAAGCGUCGUUGCCGCAGUGCUGAGGGUCACGCAUCUGAAGACUAUAUACACAACGUCGGUAAAGGGCGCCGUGAUGGACCAGUUACGGAGAGUGGCAGAAAGUGAAGGCGUGACGCUCAUCUGGGGCCAUGAACCGCAAGUUUGGCCGGUGCCAUUGGAGGACUGA